CGCCCCUAAGAGCAGCUUCGGUACUUCAUUACGGCUUCACUGGAAAGGAGGAUUCAAACUUCCGGUAGUGUCAUGGCGGCAUGGUAGUGUCUGCUAAAAAGAAAAAAAAAAUAGCCAACCCCCACCGCCCUUUCCCGACAGCGGUUUCACAAAAUUAACGGGUUGAAAAAUACGAAAAAAGGCACCAUCCGUGUUGGGAUUGCAAGUAGCCCAUCGCGGCUUCCAUCCGGCCGGUCAUGGCGGCGCACAAACCCGUGGAAUGGGUUCAGGCCGUAAUUAAUAGAUUCGACGAGCAGCUUCCAGUCAAGGCGGGACAGCAGAGCACCCACACCAAAGUCAGCACAGAGCACAACAAGGAGUGCCUGAUCAACAUCUCCAAGUACAAGUUCUCCCUGGUCAUCAGCGGCCUCACCAACAUCCUGAAGAAUGUGAACAACAUGCGGAUAUUCGGGGAAGCUGCGGAGAAGAACCUGUAUCUCUCUCAGCUCAUCAUCUUGGACACACUGGAGAAGUGCUUGGCUGGGCAACCCAAGGACUUCAUGCGGCUGGACGAGACCAUGCUGGUGAAGCAGCUGCUGCCGGAGAUCUGCCACUUCAUCCACACCUACCGGGAGGGCAACCAGCAUGCAGCCGAGCUGCGCGCCUCCGCCUCCGGGGUCCUCUUCUCCCUCAGCUGCAACAACUUCAGCGCCGUCUUCAGCCGCAUCUCCACCAGGUUGCAGGAGCUCACCGUUUGCUCAGAGGACACUGUGGACGUCCACGACAUCGAGCUUAUACAGUACAUUAAUGUGGACUGUGCCAAGCUCAAGAGGCUGCUGCAAGAAACAGUGUUUAAAUUCAAGGCCCUGAAGAAGCCGGCCCAGCUCAGCGUCAUCAACAGUUUGGAAAAGGCCUUCUGGAACUGGGUGGAGAACUACCCUGAUGAGUUCACCAUGCUGUACCAGCGUCCACAGACUGAUAUGGCAGACUGCGCAGAGAAGCUGUUCGACCUGGUGGACAGCUUCGCCGAGAGCGCCAAGAGGAAGGCGGCCGUGUGGCCCCUGCAGAUCAUCCUCCUCAUCCUCUGCCCCAACAUCACACAGGAAAUCUGCCGAGAGGUGGUGGAAGAGAGCAAGGUCAACAAGAAACUGUUCCUGGAGAACCUGAGGAAGGCCCUGGCUGGCCACGGCGGCAGCAAGCAGCUGACGGAGAGCGCCGCCAUCGCCUGCGUCAAGCUCUGCAAAGCCUCCACCUACAUCAACUGGGAGGACCACUCGGUCAUCUUCCUGCUGGUGCAGUCCAUCGUCGUGGACCUCAAGGCACUGCUCUUCAACCCGGCCAAGCCUUUCUCACGAGGGGCGGGCAGCCAGAGCGCAGACGUCGACCUAAUGAUUGACUGCUUCGUCUCAUGUUUCCGCAUCAACCCUCACAACAACCAGCACUUUAAGGUUUGCCUGGCUUCCUCCUCUCCGCCCACCUUCCACUUCGUCCUGGUCAACUCCCUGCACAGGAUCAUCACCAAUUCUCCCCUGGAUUGGUGGCCCAAGAUCGAUGCGGUGUACUGCUACUCGGGCGAGCUGCGCACCAUGUUUGCCGAAACCCUGGGCCGCGUGAUGCAGGGGUGCAGCGCACACGCCCCCCUGCGCAUGACCCCGAGUCUCACAUUCAAAGAGAAGAUGACCACCAGCCUUAAGUUCAAAGAGAAGACCACUGAUCUGGACACCAGGAGUUACAAGUACCUGCUGCUGGCCAUAGUCAAGCUGAUCCAUGCCGACCCCAAGCUCAUGCUGCAUAACCCGGGGAAGCAGGGCCAGGAGAUCCAGAGCAGCACGGCAGAGCUCAUCACAGGCCUGGUGCAGCUGGUUCCUCUGGCCAGCAUGGGAGAGAUCGCUCAGGAGGCCAUGGAGGCUUUGUUAGUCUUACAUCAGCCAGAAACCAUUGAGCUGUGGAAUCCGGAUGCACCCAUUGAGACCUUUUGGGACAUCAGCUCCCAGGUCCUGUUCUUCAUCUGUAAGAAGCUGAUUGGACACCAGAUGAUCAACAGCACAGAGAUCCUCAAGUGGCUGCGAGAGAUCCUCAUCUGCAGGAACAAGUUCCUCCUCAGGAACAAGGAGAGUGCCACCCUGGGCAGCGGCAUCCCCAUCUGCCGGCAGGCCCAGACCAAGCUGGAGGUGUGUCUCUACAUGUUCCUGUGGAGCCCGGACAUGGAGGCAGUGCUGGUGGCCAUGUCCUGCUUCCGCCACCUGUGCGAGGAGGCGGACAUCCGCUGCGGCGUGGACGAGGUGCCCGUGCAGACCAUCCUGCCCAACUACAACACCUUCAUCGAGUUCGCCUCCGUCAGCAACAUGAUGUCCAAAGGUUGCACAGCCCUGCAGAAGAGAGUCAUGGCGCUGCUGAGAAGGAUAGAACACCCAACUGCAGGAAACACUGAGGCUUGGGAGGACACUCACGCCAAGUGGGAGCACGCCACGAAAUUAAUUCUCAAUCACCCAAAGACGAAAAUCGAGGAACAGGAGUGGAUCAACAUGACCGGUUUCCUGUGCGCGCUGGGAGGGGUGUGUCUGCAGCAGCGCAGUAUGCCCGGCCUGGCCACCUACAGCCCGCCCAUGGGCCCGCUGAGCGAGCGCAAGGGCUCCAUGAUCUCCAUGGGCUCCAGCGAGGGCAACGUGGAGACGCCGCUCAGCAAGUUCCUGGACCGGCUGCUGACGCUCAUGGUGUGCAGCCACGAGAAGGGCCUGCAGAUCCGCACCAAGGUGCGGGACCUGGUGGGGCUGGAGCUGAGCCCCGCCCUCUACCCCAUGCUCUUCAACAAGCUCAAGAACAGCAUCAGCCGCUUCUUUGACGCCCAGGGCCCGGUCCCCAUCAAUGACACAAACACACAGUUUGUGGAGCAGACCAUCGCCAUCAUGAAGAACCUGCUGGACAACCACACUGAGGGCAGCUCCGAGCACCUGGGCCAGGCCAGCAUCGAGACCAUGAUGCUCAACCUGGUCAGGUACGUGCGUAUCUUGGGAAACAUGGUGCACGCCAUCCAGAUCAAGACCAAGCUGUGCCAGCUGGUGGAGGUGAUGAUGGAGCGGCGGGACGACCUCUCCUUCUGCCAGGAGAUGAAGUUCAGGAACAAGAUGGUGGAGUACCUGACAGACUGGGUGAUGGGCACCUCCAACCAGGCGGCGGAUGACGACGUCAAGUGCCUGACGAGGGACCUGGACCAGGCCAGCAUGGAGGCGGUGGUGUCGCUGUUGGCUGGGCUGCCCCUUCAGCCGGAGGAGGGUGACGGGGUGGAGCUGAUGGAGGCCAAGUCCCAGCUCUUCCUGAAGUACUUCACGCUGUUCAUGAACCUGCUGAACGACUGCAGCGAGGUGGAGGACGACGGGCAGCAAGUGGGCGGGCGCAAGCGCGGGAUGUCCCGGCGCCUGGCGUCCCUGCGGCACUGCACCGUCCUCGCCAUGUCCAACCUGCUCAACGCCAACGUGGACAGCGGCCUCAUGCACUCCAUCGGCCUGGGCUAUCACAAGGACCUUCAGACACGGGCCACCUUCAUGGAGGUGCUGACCAAGAUCCUGCAGCAGGGCACAGAGUUCGACACGCUGGCCGAGACCGUGCUGGCCGACCGCUUCGAGAGGCUGGUGGAGCUCGUCACCAUGAUGGGGGACCAGGGGGAGCUGCCUAUCGCCAUGGCGCUGGCCAAUGUGGUGCCCUGCUCGCAGUGGGACGAGCUGGCCCGGGUGCUGGUGACGCUCUUCGACUCCCGCCACCUGCUGUACCAGCUGCUGUGGAACAUGUUCUCCAAGGAGGUGGAGCUGGCCGACUCCAUGCAGACACUGUUCCGCGGAAACAGCCUGGCCAGUAAAAUCAUGACCUUCUGUUUCAAGGUGUAUGGCGCCAACUAUCUGCAGAAGCUGCUGGAGCCCCUGCUCAGGGGGGUCAUCACUGCUCCCGAGUGGCAGAUGAUCAGUUUCGAGGUGGACCCCACCAGGCUGGAGGCGACGGAGAGCCUGGAGGAGAACCAGCGCAACCUGUUACAGAUCACCAACCGCUUCUUCCUGGCCAUCAUCAACUCAUCCUGCGAGUUCCCCCCGCAGCUCCGUAGCGUGUGCCACUGUCUGUUCCAGGCAACUUGCCACUCUCUACUGAAUAAAGCCACAGUUAAAGAGAAAAAGGAAAGCAAAAAAUCAGUGGUGAGCCAGCGCUUCCCCCAGAACAGCAUUGGCGCGGUGGGCAGUGCCAUGUUCCUGCGCUUCAUCAACCCUGCCAUUGUUUCGCCCUAUGAGGCCGGGAUCCUGGAGAAGAAGCCCCCACCCCGCAUCGAGAGGGGCCUCAAGCUCAUGUCCAAGAUCCUCCAGAGUAUCGCGAACCAUGUUUUAUUCACUAAAGAGGAGCACAUGAGGCCUUUCAACGAUUUUGUGAAGAGCAAUUUUGAUGCAGCGAGACGGUUUUUCCUGGACAUCGCCUCUGACUGCCCCGCCAGCGACUCGGUCAACCACAGCCUGUCCUUCAUCAGCGACGGCAACGUGCUCGCCCUGCACCGGCUCCUGUGGAACAACCAGGAGAAGAUCGGCCAGUACCUGUCCAGCAACAGGGACCACAAGGCGGUGGGCCGCAGGCCUUUCGACAAGAUGGCCACCCUCCUGGCCUACCUGGGGCCCCCGGAGCACAAACCUGUGGCAGACACACACUGGUCCAGCCUCAACCUCACCAGCUCCAAGUUCGAGGAGUUCAUGACCAGGCACCAGGUACAUGAGAAAGAGGAGUUCAAAGCCCUGAAGACUCUCAACAUCUUCUACCAGGCAGGCACCUCCAAGAACGGGAACCCAGUCUUCUACUACAUCACACGCAGGUUUAAGACGGGCCAGAUAAAUGGCGACCUGCUCAUCUACCACGUGCUGCUGACCCUGAAGCCCUACUACGCCAAGCCCUACGAGAUCGUGGUUGACCUGACCCACGCCGGCCCCAGCAACCGCUUCAAGACCGACUUCCUGUCCAAGUGGUUCGUGGUGUUCCCGGGCUUCGCCUACGAGAACGUGGCGGCUAUCUACAUCUACAACUGCAACUCGUGGGUGCGGGAGUACACCAAGUACCACGAGCGGCUCCUCACGGGCCUCAAGGGCAGCAAGAAGCUGCUGUUCAUCGACUCGCCGGGCCGCCUGGCCGAGCACGUGGAGCCCGACCAGCAGAAGCUGCCCGCCGCCACCCUGGCCCUGGAGGAGGACCUCAAGGUGUUCCACAACGCCCUGAAACUGGCCCACAAGGACACCAAGGUCUCCAUUAAGGUGGGCUCCACGGCCGUGCAGGUGACCUCAGCCGAGCGCACGCGGGUCCUGGGCCAGUCGGUCUUCCUCAACGACAUCUACUACGCCUCGGAGAUUGAGGAGAUCUGCCUGGUGGACGAGAACCAGUUCACGCUGACCAUCGCCAACCAGGGCACGCCGCUCACCUUCAUGCACCAGGAGUGCGAGGCCAUCGUCCACUCCAUCAUCCACAUCCGCACGCGCUGGGAGCUCUCCCAGCCUGACUCCAUCCCCCAGCACACUAAGAUCCGGCCCAAAGACGUGCCCGGCACCCUGCUCAACAUCGCCCUGCUCAACCUGGGCAGCUCCGACCCCAGCCUGCGGUCCGCCGCCUACAACCUGCUGUGCGCACUCACCUGCACCUUCAACCUGAAGAUCGAGGGCCAGCUGCUGGAGACAUCGGGCCUCUGCAUCCCAGCCAACAACACACUCUUCAUCGUCUCCAUCAGCAAGACGCUGGCGGCCAACGAGCCCCACCUCACGCUGGAGUUCCUGGAGGAGUGCAUCUCCGGCUUCAGCAAGUCCAGUAUCGAGCUGAAGCACCUGUGCCUGGAGUACAUGACGCCCUGGCUGCUCAACCUGGUGCGCUUCUGCAAGCACAACGACGACGCCAAGCGGCAGCGCGUCACCGCCAUCCUGGACAAGCUCAUCACCAUGACCAUCAACGAGAAGCAGAUGUACCCCUCCAUCCAGGCCAAGAUCUGGGGCAGCCUGGGACAGAUAACAGACCUGCUGGACGUGGUGCUGGACAGCUUCAUCAAGACCAGCGCCACAGGUGGCCUGGGGUCCAUCAAGGCGGAGGUGAUGGCCGACACUGCCGUGGCCCUAGCGUCAGGGAACGUCAAGCUGGUGUCUAGUAAGGUGAUCAUCAGGAUGUGCAAGAUCAUCGACAAGACGUGCCUGUCGCCGACGCCCACGCUGGAGCAGCACCUGAUGUGGGACGACAUCGCCAUCCUGGCGCGCUACAUGCUCAUGCUGUCCUUCAACAACUCGCUGGACGUGGCCACCCACCUGCCCUACCUCUUCCACGUGGUCACGCUGCUGGUGGCCACCGGGCCCCUGUCCCUGCGCGCCUCCACCCACGGCCUGGUCAUCAACAUCAUCCACUCCCUGUGCACCUGCUCCCAGCUCAACUUCAGCGAGGAGACCAAGCAGGUGCUGCGGCUGAGCCUGACAGAGUUCUCCCUGCCCAAGUUCUACCUGCUGUUCGGCAUCAGCAAGGUCAAGUCGGCUGCCGUCAUCGCCUUCCGCUCCAGCUACCGCGACCGCUCCUUCUCCCCGGGCUCCUACGAGAGGGAGACCUUCGCCCUCUCCUCACUGGAGACCGUCACCGAGGCUCUGCUGGAGAUCAUGGAGGCCUGCAUGAGGGACAUCCCAGCGUGCAAGUGGCUGGACCAGUGGACGGAGCUGGCGCAGAAGUUUGCGUUCCAGUACAACCCGUCGCUGCAGCCGAGGGCUCUGGUGGUGUUCGGCUGCAUCAGCAAGCGUGUCUCGCACGGACAGAUCAAGCAGAUCAUCCGGAUCCUCAGCAAGGCAAGUCCUCUGCUCAGCAUCGACCGGGGUCUAGAGAGCUGCUUAAAGGGCCCAGAUAAUUACAACAGCCAGGUGCUAAUAGAGGCCACUGUCAUUGCCCUGACUAAGCUGCAGCCUCUUCUCAACAAGGACUCCCCCAUGCACAAGGCCCUGUUCUGGGUGGCAGUGGCGGUGCUGCAGCUGGACGAGGUGAACCUGUACUCGGCCGGGACGGCCCUGCUGGAGCAGAACCUACACACGCUGGACAGCCUUCGGGCCUUCAACGACAAGAGCCCAGAGGAAGUCUUCAUGGAGAUCAGGAAACCGCUGGAGUGGCACUGCAAGCAGAUGGAUCACUUUGUGGGCCUCAACUUCAACUCCAACUUCAACUUCGCACUAGUGGGCCAUCUGCUGAAAGGGUACAGGCACCCCUCCCCCACCACGGUGGCGCGGACAGUGCGGAUCCUCCACACGCUGCUGGCUCUGGUGGGGAAACACUUGAACUGUGACAAGUUUGAGGUGAACACCCAGAGCGUGGCCUAUCUUGCAGCCCUGCUCACGGUCUCCGAGGAGGUGCGCAGCCGCUGCAGUCUGAAGCACAGGAAGUCGCUGCUGCUCUCCGACGUCGCCAUGGAGAAUGUUCCCAUGGACACGUACUCCGUGCACGCCAGCGACCCCAGCUGCAGGACACUGCGAGAGAGCCAGCCCUGGGCGUCACCCAAAGUCUCGGAGCGCUACCUGGUGGCCCACUACCCCACGGUGGGACAGAUCAGUCCGCGCACGCGCAAGUCCAUGAGCCUGGACAUGGGCCAGCCCUCCCAGGCCAACACUAAGAAGCUGCUGGGCACGAGGAAGAGCUUUGACCACUUAAUCUCGGACACAAAAGCACCAAAGAGGCCGGAGAUGGCUGAAUCCGGCAUCACCACACCUCCCAAGAUGAGGCGAGUGGCGGAGAACGAUUACGAAAUAGAGACCCAAAGAAUAGCCAACUCUCAGCACCACCACCUGCGCAAGGUCUCCGUGUCCGAGUCCAACGUUCUGCUGGAUGAGGAGGUCCUCACCGACCCCAAAAUCCAGGCGCUGCUGCUGACCGUCCUGGCCACCCUGGUGAAGAAUACGACAGAUGAGUUCGACCAGAGGAUCCUCUAUGAGUUUUUAGCUGAAGCUAGUGUUGUCUUCCCAAAGGUCUUUCCAGUUGUCCACAACCUGCUGGACUCGAAGAUAAAUACCCUCCUAUCACUGUGCCAAGACCCCAACCUCCUGAACCCCAUCCACGGCAUUGUGCAGAGCGUGGUGUACCACGAGGAGUCGCCACCGCAGUACCAGCCCUCCUACCUGCAGAGCUUUGGGUUCAAUGGGCUGUGGAGGUUUGCUGGGCCCUUCUCAAAGCAAACCCAGAUCCCGGACUACGCUGAGCUGAUCGUGAAGUUCCUGGACGCCCUGAUCGACACCUACCUGCCGGGGAUAGACGAGGAGACCAGCGAGGAGUCGCUGCGGACGCCCACGUCACCGUACCCCCCGCCUGUCCAGAGCCAGCUCAGCAUCACCGCCAACCUCAACCUCUCCAACUCCAUGACCUCACUCGCCACCUCUCAGCACUCCCCAGGAAUUGACAAGGAGAACGUGGAGCUGUCCCCCACCGCGGGCCACACCAACAGCGGGCGCGCGCGGCACGGCUCGGCCAGCCAGGUGCAGAAGCAGCGCAGUGCAGGCAGCUUCAAGAGGCCCAGCAUCAAGAAGAUCGUGUGAGAGAGGGAGCCCGAACAAGCGGCCUGCCGCGCCAGUCUCCAUGCUGCAACCUCUUUUCUCCGUUUCUCCUCGACGUUCGUCCUCAUUUUCGUUUUUUUUUUUCUUGUCUUUAAUUUUUGUACGUUUCGUUUUUUUCUUUGCCAAGUUUGCCUGACGAUCAACAUUAAUCGAAGAACUGCCUGAAUUUACAGCAUCAAUGUUUUUUGUUUUGUUUUUUAAGCCAGUCAGUGUUUGAGGCGUUACGGGAAAAGACCCUUUUUCUUUGUUUUGUUGGGAGGAGGUAUCCUUUUGUGUAAUGAAAUACAAUAGACAGGAUUUUUUUAAAGACUCAUUUUAGCUGAAGGAAAGCACUGAGUUUAUAACCGCUGCAGACGGUGGUCAUUCGUAAGCCAUUUUCUCAUUGCUCAAAGUCCUCGCUCUUUUAUUUUUACUUUUUUAUUUCAGCAACAAAAAGUAUUAACAAAAGAAAAUUUCUUUCAUUUGCACACUUUUCUUUGAUUCCACACAGCGUGGUGUUUUGUUCCUUUGGUGGAUUGGGAGUGCAUGUGGGUUGAAGGAGACUGUUAGUCCAGUACGUGCUGCACUUUCUUCCUGAGCUGAGAGAUGUUAGUUGUCGGGGCUGAAAUAGAUCAAACGGGCAGGAUUGUAAAACUCAAAGUUCAGGCUUCCUGCCGUUAAAUCUCUAUAGCACACAGGUACCGGGUGGCGUAGACCCUUUUCAGCCUAGCGGUUUGGUUUGGAAAAUGAUAUUUGAGUGCACUGGGGCAGGGGGCGGGGGUACAUUAUGGCGCGUUUACCAUUUGCAGGACUCUUGAUAUGAUGGACGGUGGGUGCAAAGUAAUCAAGUGCUGAAAGAAAACCCCUCAACACCAACAGCCGCCUUCCACAUGCCCGAUGGGCAAAGCCCAAACCAAACCCCACUGCCCCACGCCAGUGACAGGGUAAAAGAACUAUUGCUACCGUUAUAGCUUUGCUUUGGCUGUUAGGUACAACAGUUGGGAAAUUACGUAUGUAUGGAUCAAUAUGAGAGAGGAACACAGGGGACACCGGAUAAUUGAGAAUCGCUUUAAUGUACGGUCACAAAAGCCGAUAAAAUUUUUGAAUAUUUUGAAGAUAAUAAUAAUGAUGAUAUUAAUCAAGAAAACGCAUACAUCCACAUGUAUUAUGGUUGCUUUAUCUAUUGCGUGCCUUGGGCAGGAACGUCAGAUGUUUGUAGUUCUGGGGAAGUGGCGACACCUUGCUGUAGACCAAGGUACUAGCUAAUUAUACUCUAAAAAAGUGCUGUCGUCCUCCCCCCGCGCUACUAGUGAAGAGUUAGUAGCGAACAGAGAAUUCACUCAGUGGAAUAUGUGAACAGUUAAUGGGAGGGGAUGUAGUUUCAUCAAGUAUGCUGAAGUAAGCUUGAAUUCUGUUUGCAUUUUAGACAUUAUCGCUGGUUUACAAAUAGUUCCCUGGAUUUCAUUCGAAAGAAAAAGCAACAGGUAGAAACAGCUGUGAACUAGCUAAGGUCCAUACAUCAGAUUUCGACAUGUUUUUCGAAAUGUUUGCUAUGCCCGUUAGGAAGUCACAGGGCUUUCCUACAGUUAUUUACCAUAUAAAAUGUACAUACAGUUAAAAUCAGCAUUAUAUACAGCAUCUUAUCAUAAGCAAAUAUACAAUCAAUACCCUGCUGCCUGAAAGCAAUUGCCCUGUAUAGCUGAAUAUUCGUUACCGAUAUUGAAUAUUCAUUACUUUCUCAGAACGUUUAUUCAUUCAGAAACAAACUGAUUGCAAGACACUAGAAAUAAAGCUUGUAAAUAGUAGAGCACCUUUAUUAAUGAUAAUUACAAUGGUGUCAUUUUAAUUUGUUUACAGUUUAGAAGAUGACAAUGGAUACAGCUGUAACGUGCUAAAUCAAACUUGCCAAAACACGUGAGAGAAUCAAAAUGUUGUUAUGUGAGGGUUAAUGUAACCUGUUGAUUAGCUCUUGUCUGACACUUUGAAAGAAGACAUGGUUUUCAUUGCAGAUCGGGCUGUUUCAAACUCUGUUCUGUACCUCAAGAGUUGUGUUUUAAGGCCCACCGAAUACAAUAAUGCCGAGAAAUCUUGAAGGAUGGGAACCACAGUAGUGCUGUUGUCUGUUGUGGAAUGAGGCUGUCUCUGUGACUGGGUCAGAUGUCUAGUGUUGGGGUUGAGUGGGUUUGCAACAUUUGUGAAGGUAUGAAAACAGAUUCCCACCAUCUUCCCUCUUCAAGACCCUCAGAGAGUACACAAUUCUUUGUGAGCUGGGGUUCAGUCCCAUGAAUCAAUGCAGCAGGCCCAGAGACGCUGCGCCAAAGACUAGCUUGCACUAGCGAAAGGAAAAUCAAAUCUGUCUACCGCCGCUAAUUCUUAAAGUGUUGCUGGUUUUUACACUCACCAUUUUUAAAAAAAACUUAUUCCACCCUGUAAGACCCUCUGCUCUUGAGUUCCUCUAAGCCUUGUGUAGGUACCACAGUGUUAGACACAGCUGGUGUUGUAAUGCAGGUUUCAUUUCAAUAUGUGGGGGGCCCUGCUUGGCUCUAGUUUGCCUGGCCGAUCCUUCCCUUAUACAGCAGGGAAGCGAACGCCAUGACAAGAAAAAGUCAACAGUUCCGAGACACAGCCUGGCGCAGAGUAUGUGUGAACAUGUGUGCCAAAUUCUGUUGGAAGAGAAAAUGGUCACAACCGCAAACCCGUUUUGCGGUCUCCCUUGCCGAUCACAGACCGCAGCGCUGACAUUCGGGUUUGUGGUUAGCAUUCAUGGUUAUAUCCCCAGAGCAAUUCCACAGUUUCUUUCUGGAAGUUCCACAUUUUUUCUGAAAACUUUUUUUUUUAGGCUUUCUCUUUUAAAUGUUCACAGAAGACCUGUUGAAAGUUGUGAGAACUGAUUGGAUGCACACAAAAUAUGGGGAGAGGUAUACAAGAAAAAAGGGAGGAUCGUAAGGCUGGAAUCAGACAGCUGGGGGGUCACAUUGGUAAAGUUAAUAGUCUUUGUCUUCUCAUAAAACUAUCUAGUUGUCUUAACAAGCAACAAAAGUGCUAUUUCAUAUAUAUGUAUUUUUUAUCUGGUUUGUGUCCAUUACAUUAUGCAUAAAUAGAUUUAUUAUCAUGAGAGAAAAACACUCUCAAAUAUUGAUUACUCUGAUCAAGUGUGCAGGUGCUGACAAUAGAGCACAUGAACCCUGUAUAAUGAAGUAAUGCUUCAUAGGUGGAUUUUGUUUACAUGCGUUUUAUAUACUUGAAUCAGGAGGAUGCAUGUCUGUUUAAAGUAGUCCUCCUCAAAGAGAUCACCUAAAGGGAAAACUAAAAAGGCUUUCAAAACUAAACAGAACAAGGGUACCAAACAGACAAAGUAUUAUCCAGCCCAGCAUAGUAUGAAGAAAGCCAAAGUCUUGGAACUGCAAUACAGAACAAGAACAAGGUCCCUGAUCAAUUGGCAUGAGAGCUAACUGUUUAUGGAAGAAACAUAGUCAGCCUCAUAGAUUUGAAAAGUACACUCCAUAAAGGCUUACGGUUUGGGGUGUUGCGUGUAAUUCACCUUGUUAAGAAAAUGCGGACCAAGCCACGAAACAAUGCUAGCCACGAAGAAGUUUUUGAAGAAUAAUUUUAAUUAAUAAAAAAUGUGUGUGUUCCAGGCUGUGUUUUGGCACUUUCCAUACCCAAGCGUUUAGCCUGCACAGAGGUUACUCCAUGCUUCUGCAGAUGAUGAUCAAGCCCACCUCUCUCUCUGGGGCUCUGAAAUACACCCCUCUCUUCUUUUUGCUAGUUUGUUUUCUGUGGACUUUGUCAUGCUUACGCCGUUUGUUAUGCAUGAAGUGUACUUCUGCAGACCUUUAUUGGUUUUCCACAUUUCUUAUCGACAGUGUCCCACAUGUUUCAGGGGUGGUCGGAAGGCUUGUGGCUUGGUUUGUUUCGUGUUUUUUUUUUUCUUCUUUUCUCAAGGUCAGGGUUAGUGUCAGUGUUUGAAAGGGGCCUGAACAGCUCUAAAAAAAUAGGCAGUUCAGAAUAUUAUUUUGUCACCCUGGUUCCAUGACUGGAUUUAAAUUUUUGUGUUUGCUGCAGUUUAUCUUCCAGCAACAUUGUUGUGUGUGCCAGCAGAAUUAGUUCUUUAAAGACCAUAUGCUUACAAAGUAUAAAUCGCGGCUUCAAAAAACUUCACAGCCUAAACCUAAAAAUAUUUUGGGAUUAAAAAUGACUUUGGCAUGGGUGACAUUUAGUUCUCACCAUAGCUUGUAUUACAUCUUGUUUCAAAAAAGGAAUGUAGAUCUUCAGUAAGAAUUUAAUUUAAGGUAUUCAGUGAGUCACAUUUCAGUACAUGAAGGUUUUAACAAGACAUAAUUGAACAAAUAUCGCUAAAUAACAAUACUGAAACCGAAUACAUUUGUGCUGUGUGAGUACUAGUUCACUCAGUGGCCUAGUGGACCAUCCUUUUUCACAGCUCCAGUGCAUCCCAUUUUUUGGUUUGAUAAUUAUGAGGUAAAUCAAUUUGGACUACUUUGGUGCCAAUUCAUCAGUAAAAUUCUUUAACGGGGACAGUACAUCAGAUUAAAGACCAGAAUAGGAAAUUUGCCGCUGCAUCAAGUUGGUCCGACGGGCAAGAUCUGUCACUCCUUUACUCUGGAGAACUUGAUGCGGCUAACAGGUAGCGUGCUCACAAGUAGAGUGCCAGGGUUAAGAGCAGCAAGCAUGAGGAAAGUC